GCUCAGUGCCCCCAAAGUAGGGUGGGAGAGAGGGCUGCUGCAGCUGGACCUACAUCCUGGUGAGUGAAGUGGGUAGGGGGAGCUACGAUUUUUUAUGAUAAAAAAGCCAAAAUCAAUCACCAAAAUAUAUAGAUAUUUAGAAUGUAUUUUAUUAUAAUGAUUGAGGCACUGGUAGGCUUCCAAAUUGCUUCAAAAUUGUAAAUAUAUCAACAAAACAUUGUGUUCAAUUGAUACCUAUAUAUUUAGUGGCAUUUCAUGUUAAUCACAGAAAAACACGGAUUUUGUUUUUUUUAAAUCAGAGAAUUUGGAGGGUUUUAUCAGAAAAUUUGCUAUUCCUAAACAGAGAAAACCAGGAUCCGUGUUGAGUCUUUCCAAUGAUGCAUUUAUUACACAGGGUUACACUUCUCCCUGAACUAUGCAAAUACAAGAUUUGUCUGCAACUUCACAGCAUGGCUGCCCCGCACUACUGAGCUAACAAGGCAAAUGUCUGGACAAAGGAAAUGGGUGCAGGAAGGCCAGUAAUAGGUAAUAGCAAGUGGGGACACACAGUCCCAUUCACCUUGUGCCCAAAGUCUCAGUUUCUAUAGCUCAGCUAGCAAAAGGAAGCUAUCUCUGGUAUCUAGACUAGUGGGUCCAUCCCACACCACUAGGGGGUAGUGGUGCACAUAUAUCCCAUUGCCAGCUUUUGAGAAGACAGAAUUGAAGGCUAAGGGAAAUGUAAUUUGCCUCUUUGUGGGUGCAUCUACAACUGCAAUUAAUGCGAAUGUGUGUCCAGGAGCAAUAAACUCCGGGGCAAUAGACUCUGGAGUUUGUUGCCAUUUGCAUGUCCACCCAGGAUCUCAUCAUACUGAACUGGGUCAGAGCAACCUCAGCUGGCACGGGGGCACCAGUGGUAAGUCUGCCAGCCUGGAGCUGCUCCCCCCAGAUCAAUGUACUGCAGAGGGCCUGACUGGGGCAUGAGGGUGCUUCAGCACAGGGUUAGCUGCGAGGCAUGCCCUGCACUGAAGCACACUUGUGCCCCAGCCAGCCAGAGCAGCAUCUAUAUGUGCUGCUGUGGAGUUUUUUACUUUGUAACAGGAUAGUACUUGUAUUUAUAAGUACUAUCUUGCUGUGGAAUACAUUAAUUUACUCCAGCCUAAUAGGGGUGCACGUGUAGACACCAAGAUGUUUACUGUGCAGCUAAUUAGUCUUCUGUGCAGUAAAUGCCUUGUGUAGAUGUGCCCAGUGAGUCUAAACUGACCAGCCUUUUUUUUUUUGUGACUGCUGAUGGUGCAAAUGUGGCAGCACUAGUUAGCAAAGCAGGUACUGCAAUUACUAAAACCCAUCUUCCAUGCCUAGGAUUGUCCAGUCCACUACGUCCCACUUGGAGAGGGGAGCAGCAUACCUUUCUCUCUUCUUAUGCCCUUCCCCACCCAGCUUGGGGCAGGAGAGCAGUAUGUCAGCUCCCCUGAUAAUACAUUUCCUGUGCUAACUCUCUCAUUAAACCAAGGAAAGGAAGCAUCAAAAUCCUUCCUGCAAGGUUCUGAGGGGGAAAUCAGAGGUAGAUUUGAGAGAGAGGAAAGAAAGAAAGAAAAAAAAGAGAAAAGAGAAAGAAACGGAGAAAGACUGAAAGUGGGUGGACGAGGGGGAAGGAAGCCAAUGCCAUUCCUCAGACAGUGGCUGAGAGUCCAAUACAAACGUGAAGUGCUUUGACACUUGUGUGUUAAGCUGUGAGUUAGACAAGUCCUCCCUUCAGAAGGGAAGAAGACUGGAGGAUAGCUGAGAGGGAGCAUAAUUCUUCUGUGCCCCUGUCCAAGCUCUGAGGAAGGAGACACCUGGAAGAAAGAGAAACCUGCAUGCCCAUGGGAGAAACUUCUGUUGGUCUCUGUGGGUCACUGAGGAAGAAAGGACAGAGAGAGCAGGUGGUGAAGACAGGAGAUAUUGCCUCAUCAUCAGACAAGGUGGAGUGUUUGGCUGUCACAGAUCUGAAGUGCCACUCCCUUUCUCAGCUCCUUGGUUCUCUGAGACCUGGUAAGGCGUGCUGCUGAGCAGGGCUUGUAAAGGACUAGGGAAGUCUGAUAGGCUGUAUUGUUCAAUGUGGGAAGUGGGCUCUCCAUGACUAUUUUGGUGUUAGCCCAGGUCUUUCUGCAUUACAUCCUCCUUCCCUUGCUGCUGCCUGUGUUAAACUGACAAGAGGUCCAGGCAAGCCAAGGGAGAAAUGCAUUAGUGACUGUUCGGGCUGUAACUUCUUGCACAGCUGGAAUGCAUAUUUUGACCCUGGCCUGAUGGCAUCAGAAAGUGGAGAGGAAGCCCAGUGUGGCAAUUUCUCAGAUGACAGCAGUGAUGAUGGUGGUCUUGGGGAGGACAGCCCAGUCACUGGCCUACUGGGCACAAUCCUGACAGUCAUGUGCCUCUUUGGGAUGAUGGGGAACAUUUACACACUGGUGGUGGCAUCCAGUGGCAUCUCUGGCCGCUCAGCUGGCUCUCUGGGUGUCUAUGUGAUCAACCUGGCCCUAGCUGACCUCCUUUACCUGUCCACCAUUCCCUUCGUGGUGUGCACGUAUUUCGCCCAUGACUGGUUCUUUGGGGAUGUAGGUUGCAGGCUCUUGCUCAGCCUGGACCUCCUCACCAUGCAUGCCAGCAUCUUCAUGCUGACUGCCAUGAGCCUGGAGAGAUACUGGGCAGUAACCAGGCCACUGAGGGCCAGGUGGGCUGGAAACAGCUAUCGCAGACUCAUUAGCUUGGCCCUCUGGCUUCUGUCACUCUUGCUCACUGUACCCAUGAUGGUCAUGAUCCAACUGAGGGACAGCAGCAGCCACAAGAAGCGGAUCUGCUUCCCCACCUGGACACCUGAAGCCUUCCGCAUUUAUCUCACGGUGCUCUUCACCACAAGCAUCCUGGCUCCCGGCCUGAUCCUGGGCUUUGUCUACUUCCACCUCGCGCGAGCCUACUGGACUUCAGUGGUAGAGACACAGCCACGGGCAACGGGCAGGGCCUCCAAGCAGAAGGUUUUCUCCAGGAUCUUCAGCAUCAUUGCAGCCUACUGGUCCUGCUUUGUCCCUUUCUGGGCCUGGCAGCUAGCCAAGCUCUAUGGGGCUGAGGGCCUGGGGAUCAGCCCUACCGCUCAGGCAUACCUUAACUUUGGUGUGACCUGCCUGACCUAUGGUAACAGCUGCAUCAACCCCUUCCUCUACACCCUGCUCACCAGGAACUACCGUGAAUACCUGGCCCACAGAGGGGAGAGGCAGGCAGGUGAGAGAAUCCAUUUCCGGAGAGGGGAGCAAGGCAGGGUCCUAAGUGAAGGCAUGCCUGGUGCCUCUGAUGGACUGCCCAACAUAGGCAGGGGGCUUGAGAAAGGAAAGCAGAGGGAAGCCCCUGGCAAUUAAACUCUGCAAGCAGUUUCAAUUGGGACUUAAUGCAGCUUUGUAUUGAUGCUUAUUAGUCUCAUGUGGAAUAUGAAAUAAAUACAGCUCUGCCUUCUA